AUGGCACUAACUGACCUUCCUAAUGAGAUCAUAGCCAAUAUACUUGAGUGUGAUCUAUCCUUAAUAGACUUGAUAGUAUUCUCACAUGUAUUCCGACAAUAUGAACUGGUAGCAUUUAGUGCGUUCUAUAGAGAGGUAACCAUUGAUCCCUUCAAGUCUGAAUCCCAGGGCAUCAACCCCUUAAGCGUAUUCCAUAUCAAUGAUGGUGAUGAUGCAUUACCUGAAACAUAUAAAACAUUCAUCAAGCACCAUGGAGAACAUAUACUUCGUAGAAUGACAACCUGGCAAUAUCUACAGUUCUAUAGACAAUAUGGUCCCAUAGUCAAGAGAUUAAGAUUCGUGCAAAUCUCCGAUAUGAUCCUAAUGCAUCAACAACAACCAUUUCUCUUGAAUAACAUAGUACUCGAGAUUCCUUAUAAAUCAAUGGGUCAAUUGAAACUUGUAUUACCGGAAUAUUCCGAUCUUUAUCGCGUGGCCAUCUCCCAAACUCCUAUCCCAACGUAUAUGGACAUUGCAAUACUUGAUGAUGAUAUUAAUGAUGAUUUUGGGGGUGGUAAUGGUGAAAUCUUCAAUCCUCAAGAUCCAGACGUCGUCCAUAACGAUGUUCAAUAUGAAUAUGAACCAGUAACUACUGCUACUUCCAUUGUCUUGGACCAAUUUGAUCAGAGAACUCAUAAGGUAAAGCUUCCCACUAACGUUUCCAGUUUGGAAGUGGCUGCUAGUCGUGAAGAUUCAUCUGUAUCAUUUGCUGAUAAAGUUUCAGUUUCAAGUUGCAGUAAUUUGACCAAAUUGAUAGUAAAAGUUAACCAAUUAACUUGGGACUUUGGAUCUACCCCUCAUCUAACAUAUUUUGAAUUCUUUGGUAAAGAUUUACAAUUGAUCAAUACUAAAUCAAAAUCUUUAUUAUGGGAAGCAGAACUGAUUCAAGAAUUAAACAUCACCAUUAAAAAUACUUCAAAUUUAAAUUUGGGUCAUUUCCCUAAAUUAUGCCAACUAUAUCUUGAACUUGAUCGUGGUGUUACUUUUGAAAAACCUUUGGGAUCUUUAAGUCAUUGUAAAUGGUUAAGAAUUAUCCAACUUCAAUUAAUGUGUGGAUACUUACCAUUUCUGCCAGAAUUACCAAGCCAUAUCAAAGUAUUAUUUGUAUGGUGUCUUAAGAAUAUCAAAUUCGAUAUAAGCAAAUGCACAGAAUUGGUAUAUGCUUAUAUUAAUUUACCCAAAACCAUCAUCAAAGAAAUCAUAGAGUCUUCUCCCAUUCCUUUGUUAAUGACUAGCGAAAUGUCAUUCGUCUAG